AUGUCCAGCGCUGCGUGCCGAGGUGCGAAUGUAGAUGAGUGCCACAGGCAGGUCGAAGCGAACGCGCCAAGGCUGAUAGACGAAAUUUCGCGAACCGCUUUCCUAUUCGUUGGCUCCGCCCACACUGCGCUGCUGAACGGCCGCGGUUCCGAGGCCAUUUCUGCCAGGGCACUGGUGCUUGAGGCCACUGUCCUCGCAGUUGGGCCAGGUGCUCGAAAUGAAAAGGGAGACGUCAUCCCUAUGUCUGUUAAGACCGGAGACCGCGUGCUUCUUCCCGAAUAUGGUGGCACUAAGGUAGUUGUGGAUGAAGUAGAGUACUCUAUCUUCCGGGAGCAAGAUCUGCUUGGUGUUUUCCACUAG